UUUGCUGUGGAUUUUCAACAAACAUUAACAUUGUGUCCAGUCCUACAGUCGAAGAAGAGUCUCAACGUCGUACCUCAGCUAGGCAGCCAGCAGUUAUCUGUUCGGGUUCCGUCGUUUGGUUUGUGUUGUUGUUAUUGCUGUUGCCGUUGUUGAUUAUACAGUUUGCUGUUUUGCUACAUUCGUUGCACAUUUUACUGCUGGCUGCUACCAUUCAUUUCUGUAAGUCAAUUUUCUGCGAAAAGAAAUUCAUAAGGCGAGUUGGAUUCAGUAAUCGGGGUUUCUUUUUUUACACAGUUUUUUCGGCUCACGCAGCUACGUAGCAGUAAGCUAGCACACUGUAUUUACCUGAGCGAGCGAGCGACAAAGGUGUAGACACAUAUAUACGACGAGGAUCGAUCAAAACAUAGCGCUCCUCGGGUGAGGGCUAGUAGAGAAACUUCGAUCGAGACGAACGCUCUGGUUCAGCUAUACAGCUUUUAUUAGCACUCAACGCAUUCGCGUUUCAACAAAAGUAGGCAAAACACGUCGUCGUCAUCGUUGUUGCAAUUCAUAAUUUUCGACUGCUUGUAGAUUCAUUAACAGCUGAAGUUUCGGGCUAUUAGUUGAAGAGUUUAGGAAGAUUGGCAAAGUGCCCCUUUCCAAUUUCUAAGUUUGUUGGAAUACGUGACUGGGAAGUGUCGAGCGAAGAAUACAAGGAGCACUAGAAACGGCCCCACUUGGAACUUCGGCUGGUGGCAAAGACGUCGGUCAAUAAACAAAUUGGCUUACGUGUGUAGUAUUACUGCUGCAGUGAGUAGUGAGUACACAAACGAAACACACCACGUCGUCGGUCGGCCGUCGUAACCUUCGCUUUGGUCCCAGGAAGAAUACUGACUGGCUGAGUCAGAGUAGCAGCGAUAUUGCAGAAAGAUAGUAGUGGCCGUUCGAAACUGAUCCAAUAAAUCACAUAGCACAUAUGGUCAACCGUCAUCGUUUCGACAUGUCGUAGUAAAGUGGCGACAAACAAAGAAUCUUUCCCCCAAGUGUAUUUGUUGCUGUUUAAAUAAAAGCAAUUACUCACACCCAUCGUACACAACAAGUUCGAUAAGGAACGAAGAUGUCUUUACGGGCAAUACAGAAGCGGGAUAGAAACAAAUUAUCUGCCCAGGCCCAGGCCACAAAACAACAUCACCAGGCCUUUAUCAACAACAACAGCAGCGGUGCCAACAAGAUCCGUACCCUUGGCAGUAUUAGUACAGCUACUAGUCCGUCCGGUGGCCACCAUCAUCAUCAUCAUCACCACCAUCACGCUUCUUCAGGAGGAAACCCUGGGAAAAAUGAUAAGUGGAGAAAUUCCAACGGCAGCCUAUCGCAGUCUUCCUCGCUGAUCAACUAUUCGUCUUCAAACAGCCCAGAUCAGCCGCCGCUAACGAGCAAAAAACGUUCCGUCUCCUAUCCGACCCUAGCCAAGAAGGCACUUGACAACUCCCACGCCAAUUCGUUACGGUUCACCAAGUCCGAAAGUGAUCUCCAAUCGUACUGCACCGGAGCAGGAGGACCCAACCAUACCUCAUCGAACUAUUCGGCCAACAGUCAAAACAAUCUGCUCUAUCUGGGAGCCAAAUCGGAGGUCUGCCUCAAAACGUUAGCCGUCAAGAGUACCCAUCAACCGCCGGCGCCAUUCCGUAACAACGGGGCAACGAUCCGAUCCGGCGGCGGCAGAAUGUACGAAAGUAACCGGCGGACAUCGGACCUGGGAUCGAACAAAUUCGCGGGAAUGGACAACAGUGCCAAUAACCAUGCGGUCCGGAUUCCGAUCAUCGGUUACGAGGUUAUGGAGGAGCGAGCCCGAUUUACGAUCUUCAAACUGCGCAUCGAAAACAGCAUCUCCCACAGCUGCUGGCUAGUGCUGCGCCGAUACACCGAUUUCGUGCGGCUCAACAACAAACUGCGAACCCUGUACCCGCACUGUCAGCUGGUGCUGCCGCGGAAGAAAUGGUUCGGCGAUAACUUCAGCAGCGGCUUCAUCGACAACCGGAUACAGGGGCUGCAAACCUUCAUCAACACCAUCAUGGGCGAUGAUGCAAUGCGAACCAAUCCGGCGGUACGGGAAUUCUUCUGCCUCGACGAACCACCGGCCUAUUCCGAGAGCAUGGAGGAGUCGAGGAUAAUAUUCGAAGCUCAAGAGGAAACAAUCUCCCAUCUGAAGCAGCAGCUUCAGACCAAAGACGAACUGGUUGCAGCCCUGCAAGCCAAGCUAGCUAGUGAAAUUAAUAGGAAUAAAGUGUUGACCACUAUCAUAAGGAAUAGUUUUGAAAGUUGUCCCAAAUGUGCAACGCAGCUGGACAAUCAAUUGAAGGAAUCGACCUAUAGCAAGUAGGUUCGCGAUUUCUCCGAACCUCUCGACAUCAUGCUCGAGAUGGAUCACCGAUAGAACAUUUACCGGCAUCUACAGCCCCCGCUAUCAACCUUCUUUUACUUUAGUUUAAUAUUCAUAUCCUAGCUGCAUAAGAAUGUUAAAUUAUACAAAAGUAAUCUCGAAAACCGACCAAGAACGCGACAAUGCCUUACACCGUCCUCGUCCGAAAGGGGACGCUUACUCGUGGUACUCUAGUUUACAGUCGUACGAAACAACAAAAAAAAACAAAUAUUAAACAUAGAUCUUUAGAUAUAUGAGCAAAUUGUUAUAACGUUACAAUGUUUUUUGAUAGUUAGAAAUGCAUAUUUGAAAAAAAAACUCAUAAUAGUCACUUAAACGUAGAACCAUUUCUAUACCAUUUAUAUAGCACUAAAGUCGAGCUGAUUUCAAUAAACAUGAUCCAUUGGCACCGAA